AUGAAAAUGGUUGUGAUACUGUUUCUUGUAUGUCUCACUCUUGCACAGACAACGUACACUACUGCUUCAAAAUCAGCUACGCAUGGAAUCGAAGUGGCUACCAGAAUGGGUAAUCGUUCACGAUUAGAUGCAACUGAAAGCUUAACAAAUCAACCCAAAUGGAGUUUUGGAUCGCUUCAAUUUCAAUUCAGUUCUCCAACGUAUAACAGCAAUUGGUGGUGUGUCAAAAUGUUUGAAGCCACGCCAUCCUGGCACGACAAUUAUCUUUGCAUGAAUCGAAACAUUGGUUUGACAUGGAUAUGGGACAAUCGUGCAUGUAAUACUGGUUUAAAGUGCGUGGCUACUGCGGAACCUGCGGACAAUCGAUGGCAUGAUAAUGCCUUAUGUCUACCAGUAGACUCCAAUAUUGAACUUGUUUGGUCGUAUUGUGGUAGAUUGAGUCAAAUGAAUUGUAUUCAACUGUACGAUCCUGCUGCACCGGGUUAUACUCAUGAUAACCACUUGUGCUGGAAAGAACAUUAA